UAAACUUUAUAUAUAUAUAUAUAUUUUUAUGGUUCGACACCUUUUGACCUUGUUGAACAAGCGUCCUUUAUUACUUGUACCUAAUUCUUUAUUAUCCAAUCGACAGUUUCAUGCUACUUAUCUUCAACAAGAUCUUUUUAAAAAACACCCUUAUCAUUUAUUCGAACCUUUACGACAAUAUGCUCCUGUAUUCCCAAUGAAAGGAAGUCAAAUACAACCUUUAUAUCAACCUUCUGACUUUUAUAAAGAACUCAAGACACGCAUUCUGUUAGCAAAACAACGUAUUUUUAUAGCUGCUCUUUAUAUUGGUCAAUCAGAAAAAGAACUUGUGGAUACCAUACGACAAGCCUUAUCUCAAUCCAAACAACUUCAAGUACAUAUUCUCAUCGAUUGUUUACGAGGUACAAGAACUUCUAAAGGUGAAAGCUCAGCGACACUUUUAACAAGUCUAUUACAAGAAUAUCCAAAUCAAGUACAAGUUUCUAUGUAUCAUACACCUGAUCUCAAAGGUGUAUUGAAAAGGACCUUACCUCCAAGAUUUAAUGAAAGUAUUGGGUUGAUGCAUCUUAAAGUAUAUGGAUUUGAUGAUACAGUCAUGCUUAGUGGAGCCAACCUAAGUACAGAUUAUUUUACAAAUCGACAGGAUCGUUAUAUUCUAUUCCACGAUAAACAAUUGACAAAUUAUUAUCAAAACUUACUCAAAAUCGUCGGUACUUUAUCUUAUCAACUCACUGACAAAGGAUACAUGGUGAUGCCUAUUGCAACUGCUGAUCCAGUUCGUCAUAGUCAACAAUACAAACGUCAAGCAAGAGAACGAUUACUUGCAUUUAUAGAUAGAUACAAUGAUAUCACCAACAAACCUACUAUCAAAAGUACAGUGGAUGAUGAUGAAACAAAUGAUACUGUGGUAUUACCAGUGAUUCAAAUGGGACCAUUUGGUAUUCGACAAGACGAAAAAGUGACCUUAUCCUUAUUAGAAAUCACUCAUCGACAUGGUAUUUCAAACGCUGAAAGUCAACAUCACUGGUGGACUAUUCAUUUAACUUCUGGUUAUUUCAAUUUUACUGAUCGAUACAAACAAUUCAUCCUGAAUACUCAAGCCAAAUUCAAAUUCUUGACAGCAUCUCCAGAGGCAAAUGGAUUCUUUAAUUCAAAAGGUGUAUCAAGAUUCCUCCCUCCGGCAUAUACACAUAUUGAAAGACAAUUUUAUCGACAAGUGGUCAAGGUUGGAAAAGAAAAAUUGAUUACUAUUGAAGAAUAUAAACGACCUGGAUGGACAUAUCAUGCAAAAGGUUUAUGGGUCAGCUUUGCAAGAAAAACGUGGCCUUCAUUAACCAUGGUAGGAUCUCCCAAUUUUGGACAUCGAUCAAGCCAACGCGAUUUGGAAGCUCAAGCUCUAGUGGUGACGGAAAAUAAGCCAUUACAACAAGCAUUAUUUAAGGAAGUUGAUAUGUUACACCAAUAUUCUGAACCCGUUUCCAAGGAGACUUUCCAACAACAAGAUAGACGUGUUCCUUAUGGCGUUCGAGUAGCAACAUCCAUUGUCAAAACCAUGUUAUAACCCAUCCUUCUCUAUUUUAUUUUAGUUUUUAUAAUAUAUAUAUAGUGACCUAGAUAUUCCCCUUCACAUCCACUGUUUAGAUAUAUUGUUACAGCCUGCAUAUCCAUUAUUUUUUUUUUACUAUAUAUCAAGGCCAUGUGUAUUAAGGGUGACACUGCAUUUAUUGCAACGUUGUACUUUGGGAAAAGAAAAAAAAGAUCAACUGGAUUACCAACGGUAAAACAUCAUGCGCUGAUGAUGAUGAUGAUAUAAU